AUGGCUGAAUCUAUCCCAUCAAGAAGAAACACAUAUCAAUUAACUUUAUCUGAUGAAUCAAAAGAGAGAAUCGUUAAACUUUUAGAUUACUCAAAAACCAUUGCUCAUUAUGGGUUCAUUCCUUUUGUUUUGUAUUUGGGUUGGGCUGCAUCACCAAAUAAGCCAUCGAUCUUGAACCUAUUGUCUCCUUUCCCAUCCGCUUAA